AUGCAGUUGCACGACUAUAUGAGGUACAUAGACCUGGGCUGCUGGAUGGCUUGCAUACCGAGAUAUGAAUGGUCUGGCCGGCGCACAGAGGGAAAACCAUAUACUUGGGAAAGGAAAGCCCUGCUCGUAGUCGGUAUUAUCUUCGAGAUCUACCAGAUUUUUGGAGUGAUAAUCUACUGGUAUCGAAAUGGGCGAAAGGCAGAGGACACGGCCACCUUCGUGACAGAAGGGUCGGAAAUGUGUGGAUCUCUUAUGCUGACCAGUGUGGGAUUCGCAAAUGUCUAUGCGCUCAUAAAGAACCGCUCUCAGAUCGAGGGAAUGUUCAAGGAGCUCCAGGAGAUAUAUCCACAACCCAGGGACAGGCAUUACCGUUGCCAGCACUACUACGACGUGGCCAUGCUCAUUAUGAAGGGGGAGUUCGUGUUCUACAUGAUCUUCUACGUGUACUACAACAGUGCCCCUCUUAUGCUGCUGCUCUGGGAACACCUGCAGGAGGACCAGAGUCUGAGUUUCAAGACCCAGACCAACACUUGGUUUCCCUGGAAGGUCCAGGGGUCUGCUCUGGGAUUCGGUGUGGCCAUUCUUACCAUCGCCAUAGCUUCGUUCGUCGGCGUGGGCUUCAGCAUAGCCACCCAGAACAUAGUCUGUAUUUUUAGUUUCCAACUGAAAUUGCACUACUAUGGAAUGGCCAGCCAGCUGCUUUCCCUCGAUGCUCGUCAGCCCAGAGCACAUGAGCAGCUGAAGAAUCUGAUAGCCUAUCACUCUAGAAUUCUGCGUAUCGGAGACGAGUUCAAUCAGAUCCUGAACUUUAUAUUCGGCAGCAGCCUGGUGGGUUCCACAAUUGCCAUUUGCAUGACGAGCGUGGCAGUUCUGCUGCUCGACUUGGCCUCUGCCUUCAAGUACAUGAGCGGUCUGAUUGCCUUUGUGCUCUACCACUUCGUCAUCUGCUACAUGGGAACUGCGGUCACUGCUGCUUGGCUCGGCAUAGUUACUUAUUUCUACUUGUUUGGCCGGAAGGAAAAGGACGCGGUUAGGUUCGUUACAGGCCUUUCGGAAAUGUGCGGCUCACUUAUGUUGAUCUGUGUGGCAUUCAUCAAUGUCUGGGGACUCACAAGGAACCGUCCUCAAAUUCAGUCGGUUUUCGCGGAGUUUCAAGUGCUGUAUCCGAAACCAAAAGAUGGUCAUUACAGGACGCAGCACUACCUAGAUGUCGCUCUUUUUACCAUGAAGUGUCAGUAUUUACUGUAUAUUGUCUUCUUUUUGUAUUACAAUGGCGCGCCGCUUUUGCUGCUUCUGUGGGAGUAUCUGAUGGAUAGAGAAAACAUGAAGUACAGGACGCAAACUAAUACGUGGUUUCCCUGGAAGGUUAAUGGUUCAGCACUUGGAUUUGGACUGGCUAUAUUUGUUCAAGGCCUUGCUUCCGUUGUCGGUGUUGCCUUUUCCCUUAAAUCCCUGAAUAUUGUUUGCAUUUUUACGUUCCAACUGAAACUGCACUGCGACGCCUUGGCAAGCCAGCUCCUCCGUCUGGAUUCUCGGCUUCCUGGAUCCUAUCAGAAACUGAAGGUUUUGGUCAUCUACCAUGGUCGUAUUCUCGAUAUUGGAGACCAGGUCAAUCAGAUCAUGAACUAUUACUUCCUGGGCAGCCUUAUAUUUUCCACCAUCGCCAUUUGUAUGACAAGUGUUGCCAUCCUGCUACUCGACUUGGCCUCCGCCUUUAAAUAUGUCAGUGGCCUGGUGGCCUUCGUCCUCUACCACUUCGUUAUCUGCUACAUGGGCACCGCGAUUACCGCAGCGGAACUCUAA